CACUACUAUAUAACAAAUAAUUUGAGCGAUGCAGCCGGAUUACAACUUCAGCCGCCCGGAAACAGCCGGUACGACAAGUAGCAGUAUGUACCCCUCCUCGGACAAGAGCUUCGCUUACAGCAUCAUAUCCAGCAAGUUUCAGUCAACAGGCGAGACACAGGUGCUACUACUACCCAAAGUGAACGCAAGAAGAUCCAUAAGGUUUGACAAGGAGAUGACUGGUCCCAAGAUAAUGGCAGUCAGAGAAACCGCUCAGUGGCUCAUAAGUAACAACAACCGAAUGACAGACGACCUAUCAAAAGAGUGUAGAAGACUGGAUGAUUCCUAUCUGAAAUGGUAUCGGAAACAUUUCAACGAGAAAAAGGACGUGCUGGAAAAAGUGAGCAAUCUUCUGUCACAUGCGAAAAAGGAGAAAACUGAAAGAUGCAGAUCCUACCAGUCGUGCUACAAGAAGAGCUCAACUCCAGCUAGCAGAAUGAAGAGUACCAGAUCCACCACCCACCAUCGUGCUGGCGGCAUAUUCCCUACAGAGCUACCCGAUGUGGAGGUCGUAGAUAAUGAUAAGGUCGAACAAAAGACCGUGGUCCAAAUAGAUUCCACCGGAGAUAAGCCGGAGGGAACCCCUAAAAAGGAGGGAGAAGGAACCCCUACAAAGAAGGGAGAAGGAACCCCUACAAAGGAGGGAGAGGGAACCGUGACUGAAAAUAAACAGAAAAACGGCCUAACAACGAAGCGAGGGUUGUCACGCGAGGAGAGGAAUGGUGGUGUUCAGAAAACACCUGACAGUGGUAAGAAAGGAGUGAGGAUUGUCGAGCCUGAGUCAAAACCAACCAAGAACUGAACAGUACCCUACGUCCUAAUGUGGGGAUAACUUGCGAAAUGUGAACAAGUAAUCUAAAAGGACGAUAUUCUUUAUUUAAAUAGUUUAUAGUUUAAAGGAGGAGAUUUGGUUAGAUUACAUUAGGGUUAUAUAUAGGGUAGGUGGGGUGUAUUGAAACAUAGUGUGUGUACGGGGUCAGUACGGGGUAUGUACAUACUACUAGUACUACUGACCACUGAUUACUCAACAUGCAAAUUGAAACAAAGUUUUAAAAUCUUUACUUAAAAACACGAUAUAUGUACAGCAAACGAAGUCCAUAAAAAUGCUACUUAAAAGCUUAAAGCGUGAUCUCUACAAAUGGCAGCAUUUUAUUUAGAAUUCAAUUCAAACAGAAAAAAAUUAAUGGCCAUUUUCUUAAUCUAAAUCGAAUGACAGAUAUAAAUUUUUCCUCAACCAAGGCUUUUACCUUCAAAUCUCAACAGAACAGGAUAAAAUCACACAAUUUUCUAUUCUAAUGUUUCCUAAAGAUCCAUGAUUGACAAAGAAAUUAUGCAAACUACUGCUGCCUUGAGUAGCGUAUACUGUAAUAGCUAACAAAAUUCUGCAUCAUUUCAAAUCUGUUACUCUUCUAAAAGUAAUCAAUUCUUUAUGAAAGCUAAAAACUAAAAGAAGUUUUUUAAUGUCUGUGGGAUUGUCUCAGGAGUACACUCAAUUCUCACUGAUAUUUUAAAUUAGAAGUAAACUACGCGAAAGAAGUCAGCUGGAUUUCUUGUGUUUCGUAAGAAAAUCUCGGAUUUUCUGUUCGUUUGCUCCAGAGAACUCUUCAAUCUGAAAGGGAAAGUGAAAGGGAAAGUGAAAGGGAAAGCAUCUGACCGAAAGUUGGUAUUGUACAAAUUUAGAUUAUUACAAAGCAAUUCUUGAUCGGUAAAAGUGUGUAAUGUUUACCUUAGUGCAGCGCCUAAAGAACUGGAAGGUGGGAACACAUGUAAUGCCGCAUGCUUGAGAUGUGGUCUGAAAGAGAGUGUAUAUUUGAUUAAUACAAUUUCAAUAUUACAGUUUUAUAAUGAGAUUUAUAUAAGUUAGAAAAAUAUAUGUUGAGCUGUAACUUACUACUUACUACUACUUACAAUGUUAUCAUCUACAUUGAUCUGGUAGAACACUACGUCAGGGUUUUCUUUAAUGAUAUCCUGGAUAAGGAAUUACUUGUUAAAUUAUUCAUGUUUAA